GCCCCCUUUCCCUGCCCACGUGGUCUCGGCCUCCGGCCCUAGGCAGCUAGGUAGUUCAGGGCCCCUGUGCUGCCGUCUUAUCCACCUUCGGGGGAGCGGAGGUGGCCCUGUUCCUCGUGCUUCGGGCCGCACGCGGCUGCCGGGUGGGAGAUUUUUGCGGGGCUGUCGGAAGCCCAGGACUGUGCUGGGGGCGCAGUGUGCGCCGCCCUCCGCCCUUUCUUCCAGUAGGCCGAUUCCGGUAGUUGCAUCCGGUAGGGAAAUGGUCGUGCUUUCCGUGCCCGCCGAAGUCACUGUGAUCCUGUUAGAUAUCGAAGGUACCACAACCCCGAUUGCUUUCGUGAAGGACAUUUUAUUUCCUUACAUCAGAGAAAAUGUUAAAGAGUAUCUUCAGACACAUUGGGAAGAAGAGGAGUGCCAGCAGGACGUCAGUCUUUUGAGGAAACAGGCUGAAGAGGAUGCCCACCUGGAUGGGGCUGUUCCCAUCCCUGCCUCAUCUGGGAAUGGAGGAGAUGACCUGCAGCAGAUGAUCCAGGCCGUGGUGGAUAACGUGUGCUGGCAGAUGUCUCUGGACCGGAAGACCACGGCGCUGAAACAGCUGCAGGGCCACAUGUGGAGGGCGGCAUUCGCAGCUGGGCGCAUGAAAGCCGAGUUCUUCGAAGAUGUAGUUCCAGCAGUCCGGAAAUGGAGAGAGGCUGGAAUGAAAGUGUAUAUCUAUUCUUCAGGGAGUGUAGAGGCCCAGAAGCUAUUAUUUGGGCAUUCUACAGAGGGAGAUAUUCUUGAGCUUGUUGAUGGGCACUUUGAUACCAAGAUUGGACACAAAGUGGAGAGUGAGAGUUACCGAAAGAUUGCAAGCAGCAUUGGGUGCUCAACCAACAACAUCUUGUUUCUAACGGACGUUACUCUAGAGGCCAGCGCUGCCGAGGAAGCGGAUGUGCACGUCGCUGUGGUGGUGAGACCUGGCAACGCGGGGCUGACAGACGAUGAGAAGACUUACUACAGCCUCAUCACAUCCUUCAGCGAACUGUACCUGCCCUCCUCAGCGUAGAGCAGGAGCCGUAAGGAACACCAGCCUGGCCUCACAGACUUCUCCCUGUAGUCUAGUUUUAUUCUAAUUGUCAAAGUAACUUACUUAAAAAGCCAUAUAUACACACACAUGGGUAUGCAAGUGUAUAUAUGUGUAUGUGUAAAUUGCCUUCCACAGGCACAGAAGUGGGGAAAAAAAAAUCUCUGUUCAGUGAAAAGGAACCUUAUUUAAAGAUGCUUUCUAUGUAGAAAUUGUUUGAAACCACAACUCUAACCCUUACUGAGGGCAAAAUGUAGCCGUUAGAAGAAUUACCACAGUGCAGAUCACACGUGUUAUGUUUAUCAAGUCAUGUUACCGACAUGGAAAGGUAGGUUCGAGAAGUUAUUCAGAAGCCUUGUUAUUUUAAAAACUGGAAGUAAUUCACAGACUUAUUAUAAUUCAUUCCCCUUUUAAAUUAUGAGUUAGAAGAUUGUGACAGCUGAAUUUCAAAAUAUUAGCCUCCCUCAUACAAAAGACAGAGCCAUUUGUUUCUGCUCCAAAAGAGAGCAAAAAUGGGAGAGGAAGCUCAUUUGAAUCUUGAUGAAGCAAGCAUCUCUUACUGAAGAAACUUGAGCUAAUCGUUGUGGCGCCCCCAGCAAGCGGUUGCCUUACCAAUGAAAACGGUGCAUUGAUACAACUUAAUGUUUAAGAGAAUAGUCCUAAUCCUGCCAGUUGUUAUCAUUAUGGAUUUUAUAGUUGCCUUUCUAACUACUUUUUAGCAGUUUGAGAAUAUAGGUUGCUAUUUACUAUUGAAAAACAAAAGGUUUACUGAAAUCAUUCCAUAAGACCCUUCUAGAAGAGCCCUAAUAAUGUAAUAUUUUCCUCAGAAAUGGAUGUGAAGAGUGUAAAUUUUAUAACAGCAUUAUUUAUCCUGGUUCAAUCCUAAUGGGAUGUCAUGUCAAAUUUCAUGUUGGUUAUUAAUAAAAACAUUUUCUUCU